CGUCCAGAUAUAAUACCAUAGACGCGAAAACUCACUAACGCAAGAGCGAAAGAGAAAACCCUAAAAAAAGAAGAAGAAAUCGCAAGAGCGGCGACACAAGAGCUCUAGUUCGUGGCACGAUGAUCAUUCCAGUUCGUUGCUUUACUUGUGGAAAGGUGAUUGGAAACAAAUGGGACACAUACCUUGAUCUUCUCCAGGCUGAUUACACCGAAGGGGAUGCUCUUGAUGCGAUUGGUUUAGUCCGUUACUGCUGCAGGCGUAUGCUUAUGACUCACGUCGAUCUUAUUGAAAAGCUUCUUAACUACAACACUCUCGAGAAAUCUGAUGCCAAUUAAAAGAUUGCUAUUACCAAUAACAGAUGAGCAAGACCAAUAGUGAAGUCUUUACCUAUGAAUGAUGAUGUCUACUUUUCUUUUGUUCGGGUUUUUAGGAACUUGGGGUCUAGUUUGGAUGGAUUACUUUUUGAGCCACAAGUAAAUCUCGAGCUCUCUUGUAGAUUCGUCUUCUGUUGAUGAUCUGCUUUUCAUAAUUAGUCUACUGAUACUGGCAUACUGUUUUAAGAUCAUAAAUGCAUAAGAUUUUACAUUUCUAAGAA